GCAACAACCAGCCGGUGUGGUGUAAUGGGUGACUAUACACCUCGGGCCAUGACGUCGGCAAAUUAUUUCUUACCUUGUUUCACUUCCGCCGCCGCAUUUGCCAGCACGCCUACUAUUGGGAUCAUCACUUCAGCAACAUUUCGCUGGUAUGGGUAAUUGGAAAACAUUUAAAUCCAGGGGUUUUUGUUGGAGAACCACCUGGACCAUUUUCCAGUACCUGGCAGGCUUUCUUUUCGUUUCCUGGGGCCUUGAAAUCGUACGCCUGCCACGAUAUAAGCUAGAAAGGAUAACUCUAUACCAACAAUCGCCGAUGUGGUGUAACUUGGAAAACAUCCCGCCCGUCCUAAGGAGAUCUGGUCGAGCCCCAGCACUGGCACUUUCUUUUUUUCGCCCUGCCAAAUUGUUUAGCUACGAUCGGUAUAUGUCUCAAGUUCGAGCGCGUCGCCUUCGGUCGUCCGUAUGGUGCACCGGGUUGGCAGCACGCCCUCCCCAGCUGGCUGUCUGGGUUCGAGUUCCAGCGGCGGCGGCCUUCUUCUUUUGCUCGGUCCUUCGCAGCUUCCCAGAAAAGCGGUAUAUUCUGAGACAACCACGCGGAUUUGAAUCACAGGAAAGAGCGCGAAAGAUAGCCAGGUCAGUGUCGCUUGUUGCCCGCACCCUCACUAAACCAGUAAACACGCAUGAGGGCGAGCUUUGUGCCUUCUCUGCAGCUCGCACCUGCAACGAGUCCGCGCUCGAGAGCAAGGGCCGUCUAGGCGGGGGCCCGACUUAGGCUACCAGCAUCGGCAGCCGGCUCACAAUCGCUGGGGUGGUGUAACUGGUAACACGCCUCUCGUCAUGAGAAGAGCUCUGGGUUCGAAUCCCAGCCUUGGCAACCUUCUCUUUUGGCCUCUUUUCAGCUUUCUCUUCGUCAUCAAUACGCGCGCGAAGCCCUCGAAUGUCAAAAAUCAACAUUGA